AUGGCGUCAAUGGUUGAAUCUAUGGUUGUUGAUGAUAAACAAUUACCAGAAAAACCAGUCGAUAGAGAAAAGACAUGUCCACUAUUACUACGAGUAUUUUGCAACACUGGUCGUCACCACAACAUAAUGGACUACAGUCGAGGAAACGUCCCAUCAAAUGAGCUACAAAUUUACACAUGGAUGGACGCAACACUAAGAGAAAUCACCGGUCUAGUCAAAGAAGUUAAUCCAGACGCGCGAAGCAAAGGAACUUACUUUGAAUUCUCACUGGUAACUCCCGAGGCGCGUAACUCUGGUUACCGAAUGCGCGAAAUCGGUGUCACCUGCUCAGGACAGAAAGGAGCUGACGAUAAUAAAACACUUGCUCAAGUAAGAUUUACCAUCGGCGACUACCUAGACAUCUCGAUAACUCCUCCGAACCGUAUGAUGCAGCCAGCAGCUAGACGUGGUGGUCUCCGUCAAUAUUAA